AACAGGCGUUGUUCAGUGAAGUGAGAAGUUGAAUUCCAUAGAAAGAAGCCAUGACCAACACGGACCUGAAAGCCUUGGAGCUCCUGUUCCAGCGUCCUCUGGAACCGGCCUUCACCACCAGGGACGCGGGCAAAACCGUGCUGGAACUGCCCGACAGCUUCUACACGGAUCGCUAUCGCAAUGAAACCGAGGAGGUGGGCAACCGAUUCUCCAAGGACGUGGAUUUAAAGAUCCCUGUCCAGGAACUGGCCAGCGUUCCCAAUCUGGACUUCACCAAGAAGCUGGGUCCCAAGGCGCAGUUCUCCCUGUUCAACAAUCGCCAUCAGGAGAUCGCCAGCCAGCUGAUCUCCCUGUUUUUGGGUGCUCCCAAUCUCAGGCAGUUUGUUUCGCUCUCCGUUUACACCAAGGAUCGCGUGAAUCCCGUGCUGUUCCAGUACGCCUACGCCGUGGCCGUUGCCCAUCGUCCAGAUACGCGACAGGUGCCCAUCACCAACAUUUCCCAGGUCUUUCCAGGCAACUUUGUGGAGCCCUCCGUCUUUCGCGAUGCCCGCCAGGAGGCCUCUGUUAUUGGAGAGAGCGGCGCUCGUGUGAACUUGGAGGUUCCACGGAACUACACCGCUUCGGACCGCGAGGACGAACAGCGGUUGGCUUACUUCCGGGAGGACAUCGGCGUGAACAGCCACCACUGGCACUGGCAUCUGGUGUACCCCACCCAAGGACCCGCGGAGGUGGUCAACAAGGAUCGCCGCGGAGAGCUCUUCUACUACAUGCACCACCAGAUCCUGGCCCGCUACAAUGUGGAGCGGUUCUGCAACAACCUGAAGAAGGUGCAGCCGCUGAACAACCUCCGUGUUGGAAUCCCCGAGGGCUACUUCCCCAAGAUCCUCUCCAGCACGAACAACCGCACCUAUCCUGGCCGGGUUACCAAUCAGAUGCUGAGGGACGUGGAGCGCGACACCGGAAAUAUCGAAAUCGCCGAGGUGGAGAGAUGGCGCGAUCGCGUCCUGGCUGCCAUCGAUCAAGGAUACGUCGAGGAUCCUUCUGGCAACCGCACGCAAUUGGACGAUGUCCGCGGCAUCGAUAUUCUGGGCAACAUGAUUGAGGCAUCCCCAUCGCUCUCCAUCAACCGGAACUUCUACGGCAACCUGCACAACGAGGGGCACAACAUCAUCUCGUACGCCCACGAUCCCGAUUACCGCCACUUGGAGGAGUUCGGCGUGAUGGGCGAUGUGACCACGGCGAUGAGGGAUCCCGUCUUCUACAGGUGGCACGGAUUCAUCGACUCGAUUUUCAACAAGUUCAAGACCCUCUUGCCGCCCUACAACUCCGAGCAGCUGAACUUCGAUGGCGUGCAAGUGGAUUACAUCGAGGCCAAGAUUGGCAAGUCCAGCACCAAGCCCAACACUCUGCUGACCUACUGGCAGAAGUCCUCUGCCGAUUUGGCAGCUGGCCUGGACUUCGGACCCGCCGCCGACGGCAACAUCUAUGCCUCGUUCACCCAUCUGCAGAACGCCCCCUUCACCUACACCUUCAACGUGACGAACAACGGAGCCAAGCGCUCGGGAACCUGCCGCAUCUUCAUCUGCCCCAAAACCGAUGAGCGCAACCAGCCACUUCGUCUCGAGGAUCAGCGACUCAUGGCCAUCGAAAUGGACAAGUUCACAGUGGAUUUGGUGCCCGGCGUGAACACGAUUCGCAGGCAGUCGACGGAGUCCUCGGUGGCCAUUCCGUUCGAGCGCUCGUUCCGGGCAGUUGGAGCGGACUACCAGCCGAAGGCCGCCGACGAGCUGGCCCGCUUCCAGUUCUGCGGCUGCGGAUGGCCGCAGCAUCUGCUGCUUCCAAAGGGAAAGCCGGAGGGCAUGGUCUUCGACCUGUUCGUCAUGAUUUCCGACUACUCGCAGGACUCCGUUCAGCAGCCCAACACACCCAAUGACGCCUGCAGCACGGCUUACUCGUUCUGCGGCCUGAAGGACAAACUGUAUCCCGACCGACGCACCAUGGGAUUCCCCUUCGACAGGCAGCUGCCCAAUGCCAAUCUCACCGAGCUGGUCGGCGCCUUCGGCAACAUGGCCAAAACCGAUUUGAGGAUUGUCUUCAACGAUCGAGUGGUUGACAAGUCCUAGGUGAAGGAUGAAAUCAUUUGGGCCGAAUUUAAGGAUCAAACCGAACGCACUUGAAACGGACUAACUCUUGGAACUUCGAACUCUGCACCUCUAUAUAUAUCUACAUACAUUUCGGCCUCUCAAUUUGGUGUUUCAUCGGGUUAAAUUAAAAUUACUAGAAAUAAAUACGUUAUUAGCCAGCAUAAAA